GCUCGGCUCGGCUCGGCUCUGCCGCGGGCGCUGCGGGCGCUGCCCGGCCCGGUCCGGCCGCACCAUGACCAUGAGCUCGGUGGCCGAGACCCUGCUGGGCACCGACCCCUCCAAAGCCGCGUUCCUGGAGCUCGGCCCCCCCCAGCAUUACCCCCUGCACGGCCUCCCCCCGGCCGGCCACCCCCAGCACGACCCCCCGCCCUUCUCCUCCUACGGCCGGCCCGGGCACUUCCCGUACCCCGGCGGGGCCCCCCCGCCGCCCCACGGGGGUCCCUACCUGCCCUACGCGCCCCCCGGCGCCCCGCACGCCCCGGCCCCCGGGGCCCGGCUGCAGGACACAGAGCCCGAGAAGCCCCUGGCCGUGUCCAACGGGGAGCUGCGGCUCGGCGGGAAGGGCAAGAAGCUGCGGAAGCCCCGGACCAUCUACUCGAGCCUGCAGCUGCAGGCGCUGAACCAGCGCUUCCAGCAGACCCAGUACCUGGCACUGCCCGAGCGCGCCGAGCUGGCGGCACAGCUGGGGCUCACCCAGACCCAGGUGAAGAUCUGGUUCCAGAACAAGCGCUCCAAGUACAAGAAGAUCAUGAAGCAGGUCCCGAGUGCCCCCGACGGGGAGCAGCCCCCCCACAGCACCCCCGCCGUGUCCCCCUGCUCCCCCAGCCUCCCCCCGCUCUGGGACCUCCCUGGGCCCGGGAAGGGGCCCCCGCUGGCCCCCGGGGGUUACAUCAACAGCUUCGGAGCCUGGUACCAGCCGCACCCGCAGGACGCCAUCCCCAGGACCCCCAUGAUGUGACACUGCCAGCGCUCCGGAGGGACACUGAGGGACACUGAGGGGGACGCUCUGCCGCUCUCCCCCGAGGGACUGGGAGCCCAGCGAAGCCCUGGGGGAUCCCAGCGAAUGGAGGAAGAGGAAGAAGAAGAGGAGGAGGAGGAAGGUGACAAGGAUCUGCAGGAACCCGAGGAUGUCCUGCUCUGUCACACUCCGCAGUGACCCAGCGCCCUGUGCGCCGUCCCUGUGGGACAGGACUCGGCCCCGGGUCCCCCAUUCAUGGACAGGGGGCGGGGGGACCCUAGGAGGGGCUGGGGAGUCCCCAGACCCCCGGCCUGGAUUAAUUUAUAAAUUCUGUCGGUUAUUGGUUUUGCUCCCGUCUAUAAAUCGGCUGAACAUGGA